CUCCAGCCCGAUUUUGUUCACCACGUAGCCAUAUUGGGCGCCAGCCCUGCACAUCUUCCUAGACUGCCAUCUUCCUGGAGCGCAAGAUGUCGAAUAUAGUCGAACAGGACAAAAUCCACGACUUUAUCGCUAUCACAUGUGCGACCAGUCAAGAAGCCUUAGAUCACCUCCAGGCGUCGAACCAUGAUCUCGAGCGUGCGGUUGAUAUGUUCUACAGUGGCACACUCCAGCAGUCGGUCAGUAGGAGUGGCUCUCUAGCUUCCCAUAGAGCUAGGAUUGACGUGUACCAGCAAUACAAGUCAACCGCAGACGUGUCUGGUUAUGACGACACAGCAUUCUCCUCAGAUCGAUAUGGUCACUCGACACAGGAUGGAAACAUUCCCGCCUUUCAGAUCGACUCUGUGGACGACGCAGGUAUGGGAUAUACUAGUACCGCUCCAACGAGACCACCAUCUCGUGUUAGCCAUCGCUCUGUCGACUCGGCGAUGCACAUGGUUCCUUCAUCAUCAGGGUGUGGCUCUACAAUGGGUAUAUCGGGUCAGGAAAGUGGAGUCCUUGGUGGUAAUAUUGCUCCAUACUUUGGGCCUCCUACCAAAAAUCAUUAUGACACCAAUCAAUGGGCGUUGACAAUUGCGGGACCUACAGUUUCCGAGGCCAUCCCGGACGUAGAGAUCAAAUCAAGAAAGCGCGAAGACGAUGAGCCAGCAUUCAUCAAGCCAUUGGCUUCCGGCGAUUAUCUACCAGCUCUUUUCACGAUCCUCGCAAAUAUUCCCAUGGUCCGCAAUGCCCUAAUAUGUCCGGCCUCUGUAGAACAGAAUUACGGACAUGACGCGAAUUGGUGGAGUGGCGCUACGAUACACAACAAUGGACCGACUCUGGUCGAAGAGGAUUCUCCACGCAAAGCUGCCGCCGACUUCAUACGAGAGACGCAAAGACUAGUCGCAUUUCUAGAUGGGACGGAUCGUUCCUACGGAAGUAUAGACGCCCUCGUGCGACUAGAUGCCAUGCAGAACCCUAAUAACCUGUUCGGUACCUCUGUCUCUGAAUCUGAGUCAUUGAUGGCAAAGUUCCUUGUGGUCUGGGGAUCCUCUGUGUCUUUGGUAGCGCCUGACGAAGCGUUCCCGCACCUGUUGUAUUCCAGGGUAGUUGCCCCGGAUAUUGACCAGAACGUAUGGUGCAUGAACCUUCAGACGUCAGAUGAGUUCCCAAGGAGUGGUGUGCAGACUCUAUACGAUAUAUUAGACGAAAUUGUGUUUGGAGCGGAUGAACCAGGUGACCAACCAGGAGAAGAAGCCUUUGCGUCCAUAAGUACAGCGGCCGAAACUCUUGUGUUCAAAAUUGAGGAAUCAAUAUCAAGCACAAAAGGGUUAAGCAUGGACAUCCCUGAACACAUAUAUAUGGACAGGUAUCUAGAAAGUAACUUGGAUGCUACCGCGCACAUGCGACGCGAGAUGAUGUCGCACAAGGAUCAAUUCAGGAAGCUAGAUCAACAUGUGGAGAGCCUUCACAGCUACCACAGCUCUAAGUCUGGGAAAACGCAUAGGCCACUUGAUCUGUUGACCGCAGCCAUGCAGGCGUUUCGAAGACCAACCGACCUAGAAAAGGAAGUAUAUGUAGAGGAGAAUAAGUCAUCAGGACAGUUGGAGCAUCUCCCGAUUUCAGAGACAGAACAUCUAUCAAUCACCAAUCAGUUGCAGGAACGUCACAGGCGGAUCGAGCACCGAAUAGAAUAUUUGAAAGCACGUAGAUCCGAAAUGGUUGAGGCCUUCAACGACAUGUCCGAUUUAUUGAAAGAUCUCUGUGAAGAUCCCAAAAGGUCACCGAGCGCCCUUUAUCACCUUCGAGGUGUAGCCACACAGCCAACUAUCGUUUACGUGCUUUGUGAUACUAUGGAUGUCAACCACGCGGGCCAAUGGUGGCGCUUGGAAUUCUCGCAUGUCAACAGCCCUACCUCUUCAAUAAAGAAAAGGAAAGUCAAUUUCGGACAGGUGCAAGCUGCUAUUCAGGAGGAGUGUCGCACUGCGCUCCUGGUUUACGCGUCCAAGAACGCUACAGAGGCUGACCUCCUACCUCUACCAACGGCAUUACAGGAAUUUGUGACACACGAUAAUACCUUGUUCGAAGACGAGCGCGCUACAAUGGUCACUCCUUCAGCAGAUUGGGAUGACUCGGCUCGGGGUUUGCAGACUGAUGUUGACUGGGACUACAACACAGAUCGCAACUGGGGUGCGACCUACAACAUUAGCAGCGUUAAUCCGAGCUCGAUCACUGCAGACAGAGUUAGUUCAAGCGAUACGGAAAUGACUGAAGACAUGGCCGCCAAGAGUAGGUCAAGUGAGUACAUGGACAAAUUACUCAAACAAAAGAUGGGUGAGCCUGGAGACAAGCUGGAGGCAUUUCGUACGCAAUACAUCGAGGAGGACGGAUCGGACGUCAAACGGCAGCGCAUGUCUGUCGACUCGACCUGAGAUACUACGACACAAGUAAAGAUAUUACAACGCAAUCGAAGUGGUUGAGAUCUGCACCCCGAACUUAAACAUCCUAUUGAUAGGAGUAAAUG